CCCUAGCCAGCGCCCUCCUCCUCUUCCUCCUCCCCGCCGCACGACCCUCACGAGCCCCUUCCUCUCCUCUUCCUCUCGAUCUCUGCUUCCUCUCGGUCCUCGUCACAAUCGUUUACCGGCUCUUCUUCCUUUCCUGUUUCGUCUCUUCUUCUUCUUCUUCUUCUUCUUCUUCUUCUUCUUCUUCUUCUUCCUCGUUCGCAAUGUCGUCUGAUCGACGGGGAGCACAGACACGAAUCGUCAAGAUUUCCACGCACGUCGCGCCAACAUUGAGCUACAGGUUCGAUGUGUUCUUGAGCUUCCGAGGGCCCGACUGUCGCUACACAAUAGCGGAUGUCAUCUACGAAAGCUUAGUUGAAGCCAGAAUUAGAGUGUUCAGAGACAAAGAAGAGCUUCCCGUAGGCAGGAAAAUUGGACCAGAGCUCGAGCGCGCAAUCGACGGGUCAAGGAUCCACAUGCCCAUCUUCUCGAAAGACUACGCGUCCAGUCCGUGGUGCCUUCAGGAGCUCGCACGCAUGGUGAAGCGCCAGAGAGAAUCCGCGGGACACGAAAUCGUGCCCGUAUUCUACGGCGUGAGUCCUUCGGACGUCAGGCACAAAAGCGGUUCGUACGGCGAGGAACUGCUUUGGCACGGGGGGUUAUACGGCGAGGAAAGGGUGCGAGAGUGGGGGGAGGCUCUAACGGAGGCCGCAGGUUUUAAAGGAUGGGACGCAAGAAACAUGGGGCUAGGAAACCUUGCUAAAAUUCUUGUUCGAGAGCUUUCUAUUAAGCUGAAGAAGGGACAAAAGGUUCUUCCCGAUCAUUUAGUUGGAAUUGACGAUCUAAUCAAAGACGUGGUGCAGUGGUUGGACUGUUGUUCCCUGGAUGUGCGAUAUUGUUGUGCGUGGGAUAGUAGGCAUCGGCAAGGCAACUCUUGCCAAGGCAGUUGUUCAUAAGAUAGCUCAUAAGUAUGAUGCUUGCAGCUUCCUUUCAAACAUUCGAGAAAGAUCACAAACUGGUGACAUCGUAAAGUUGCAGAAACAGCUAUUAUCGGAUAUCUUGAAGAGCACCACAGACCUCCACAAUGUCAAUGACGGCCUCAACAUGAUAAACUCUAGAUUACGUGGAAAAAAGGUCCUCAUUCUUCUGGACGAUGUGGAUAAUGUCCAGCUCAGGGCACUGGCGAAAAUCCCUCACUGGUUCGGUUUAGGAAGCUGGAUUCUUAUGACAACCAGAGAUGUGAGUCUUCUGCCAGUGGAAGCAACGGCACGACAGGAUCUCCCAUUUAAGGGUUGUCUCUAUGAGAUGAGAGGCUUGAAUUUUGGCCAUGCUCUUCAACUUUUCAGUAAGCAUGCCUUCGGAGAAACCCUACCUCCGGAUGAUCGCGAAAAUCUUUCGAGGGAGAUAGUGGCCACCACUGGGGGAAAUCCUUUGGCUCUUGAAGUUUUAGGUUCUUUCCUCCGUACCACAAGGGUCAGGACAUGGGUAGCAACAUUGGAACGUUUAAGGAGAUCACCUCAUGAGAGAGUCCAAGAGGAGGUGCUAAGUAUAAGUUAUGAGGCAAUCAGCUUUGAGCAGCGGCAAAUUUACUUAGACAUUGCUUGCUUUUUCAACGGUCAUGAGAGAAGAUUACCAGAAUAUAUGUGGAAAGAUUGUGGUUUUUUCCCUGAAAGCGGACUUCCUGCACUCACUGAUAUGUCUCUGUUGAAGAUAAACCAUGACAGAUUCUCGAUGCAUGAGCAGCUUGUAGCUUUUGGAAGGGAAAUUGUUCGAAAGGAGAAUCAUCUGAAUGCAGGAAACCGAAGCAGGUUGUGGGAAUCUGAGGAAUGCCUUUGCAUACUUCGUGAACCGGUUGAUUACCAGCGAACGAGAAAUGUCGAAUUGCUUAGGUUACAACUCCCUAGGGUACAGACGCUGAGAAGUCAAGAGUUUGCUGCUCUGCCAAAGCUAAGGUUUCUUCAUGUCGAAGGGGCAAAGUUCACUGGCGAUUAUAAAAUGUUUUCAGAAAACUGAGAUGGCUAUCUUGGGAUCGUUGUCCUGCAGACUUUGAGGCGAUCAAUUUCUCUCCAAGCAAUCUCGUCAUUCUCGAGCUUUCUAAUAGUAAACUUAGAAAUGAUUGGCCCGGAUGGCACCAAAUCAUGAAAUCAUCUAAGUUGAAAGUUGUGGAACUUCGAGAAUGCAGCCGCUUAACAAGAUUACCUGACCUCUCUGCCCUCUCGACAUUGGAAAGAUUGACUAUACGUAAUUGCCAGAGCUUGAUUGAUAUUGGUGGAUCAAUUGGUAAGCAAGUACAACUGAAAUACUUGGAAAUUGAUGGGUGCAAAUAUCUGAGAGAGUUGCUGGAAGCGGUUGGCUGUUCAAAGGCUUUGAAAGAGAUGAUUGUGAGAGGGACGAUGCUUGGUCCUGUUGGUUCGUAUCUUCCCAAGUCAAUUGGCAAUUUACAGUCUUUGACAAGGCUAGAGAUGGAAAGGGUUAAAAUUAGCGAGCUUCCACACUCGAUUGGAGAGCUAAAGGAUCUUGAGUGCUUGUGUUUGUCCAGAUGUGAUGAGCUAAGAAAGCUUCCAGACUCAAUUGGGGGAUUGGUAUCACUACUUGAGUUGGAUCUGUCUUGCACAAAGGUAACAGAAUUACCUGAUUCGAUUGGAAGCCUGAGGAAGUUGAAAGUGAUAAGGAUAGAUCAUAGCGAUAUAAGGAGGAUCCCAAAGACUAUAGGCAUGGUGGAGAAGCUUGAAGAAUUUCAUGCAGGAAACUGUGCGAAUUUAGAGGGAGAUAUUCCUAGUGAAAUUGGGAGGCUAUCCUUUCUGAAAAUCCUGGACUUUUCUCAAACUCACAUUCGAUCUCUGCCAACGACAAUCAACCAGCUUUCUCAUCUCGAGGAACUUCAUUUGGAAAGUUGCCAUGAGCUUGAACAAAUCCCAGAGCCUUCUGCCAGUUUGAUUAAACUGUAUGUUAAGUCUUUCCCAUUAAAAACAGUCCCAAACCUCUCAAACUUGACCAAUUUAGUUGAUCUAACUGUAUCAGACUGCUUUGAGGAAUCUCUUUCUAACCCAGGGACUGCCGGUUUUAUCCAAACUCCAAACCUGAAGUGGGUUGGGAGGUUGCAUAGACUGAGGAAGCUGAAACUGGUCCAUAAAGACAUCACUGCUGUGCCAAGUGAGUUUAAUUCCCUUCCUGGCCUGGAGCAACUCGUUCUGUCUUGUUUUGACCUGCAAUCACUCAUUUCAACACUUCCUCCCACACUGUACAUGUUGAAGCUCAUAAACUUCAGCUCAUUUGAGUCAUCGCCCUGUUCUGACUUGAAAUAUUUGUCAAGUUUGGAGCUAUGUAAAUCGUGGCUGAUAGAAAUUCCGCUCAGUUGGUUUGGACAACUGGAGAAUCUGAUGGAAUUGACUGUGUCGAACUGUGCAAGUCUUGUGCAGUUAUCUAGUCUGUCAGGCUUGAAGAAGCUCAGAGUGUUGCGCUUGUUAAACUGCCCAAAGCUAGUUGAGAUCCAAGGUCUCGACGAACUGGAAUCACUGCAAAGUAUAAGGAUUGGCCAAUGCAGUUCCCUAUUGUGGUUGCCUCAUCUCUUGAAGUUAAAGAAAUUGGGGACCAUGGAAUUUAUAUCCUGCAGAUCAUUAGUGCGUUUGCCUCAUCUACCUGAGGUUGCUUUUGAUUGUCGUCUGGUAGUGGAUGGAUGCGAUGAGCUAGCUGACCAUGAUGGCCCUUUCCGGCUUUACAAAGACAAAAGGCAAUGUCCAAACCCCCCACGUGCCUAUAAGCCACAGGAUAAAGAACACUCGCCUUGCCUUGUUUGCACACAGUUUUCCGAGAAUGAAUUGCUUUGUCAGAGAGGAUUUUCUUGUACUCUUUUGUUUUUUUACCCUGGUUGUGCUCUUCUUUCUUCUCAGCUUUCCUGUUAGCAUACUCUGGAUUAACAGGGGAAGCUCAAGUGUGAAAAGACAUUGCAUAUGAUUAAGCAGUCUAGUAAUCUCUCUCUUCAGUCUUCAACUCA